GUUCCACCAGCCGCUGCCAAACAGAAAUAGGCUGCUCUGCUGCCAUAUCCCGAAUUAGACAUGGCUGCGACUGGAGUUCUCCCCUUUAUCCGGGGAGUAGACCUGAGUGGGAAUGACUUUAAGGGGGGCAAUUUUCCUGAACAUGUCAAGUCUAUGACCAGUUUGCGAUGGCUGAAGCUGAACAGAACGGGCCUUUGCUAUCUUCCAGAGGAACUAGCCUCCCUACAGAAACUGGAACAUUUGUCUGUGAGUCACAACAGUCUCACAACGCUGCACGGAGAAUUAUCAAGUCUUCCCAAUCUGAGGGCGGUUGUGGCCAGAGCAAACAACCUGAAGAACUCUGGUGUUCCUGAUGAUAUUUUUCAGCUGGAUGAUCUUUCUGUGCUGGAUCUGAGCCACAACCAACUAACCGAAAUCCCCCGGGACUUGGAGAACUCCAGAAACAUGUUGGUUUUAAACCUCAGUCACAAUAGCAUUGAUAACAUACCAAAUCAGCUGUUCAUUAACCUCACUGAUCUGCUGUACCUGGACCUAAGUGACAAUAAUUUGGACAGUCUGCCGCCUCAGAUGAGACGAUUGGUCCAUUUGCAAACCCUCAUACUCAACAAUAAUCCGUUGAUGCACGCACAGCUGAGGCAGUUACCCGUUAUGGUGUCUCUUCAGACCCUCCAUUUAAGGAACACACAGCGUACUCAAAAUAAUAUGCCCACCAGUCUGGAGGGCCUCUCUAACCUAACAGAUGUGGACCUGUCCUGUAAUGAUCUGACGCGGGUUCCAGAAUGCUUGUAUUCUCUAGUUAAUCUCAAACGGCUGAAUCUGAGCAGCAAUCAGAUAUCUGAGCUCUCACUGUGCAUAGAUCAGUGGACCAAACUCGAAACGCUCAACCUUUCUAGAAAUCAGCUCACAUCUCUGCCUUCUGCCAUUUGCAAGCUGUCCAAGCUGAAGAAGCUUUACGUGAACUCCAACAAAAUCGAUUUUGAUGGCCUUCCAUCUGGUGUUGGGAAAUUAUCUAACCUUGUUGAGUUCAUGGCUGCGAAUAAUAAUUUGGAGCUUGUUCCAGAAGGGCUAUGCAGGUGUGGAAAAUUAAAGAAGCUGGUUUUGAACAAGAACCGGCUUGUGACAUUACCAGAAGCUAUCCAUUUCCUCACUGAGCUGGAGGUUUUGGACGUCCGUGAGAAUCCAAAUCUAGUCAUGCCCCCUAAACCAGUGGACAGGACAGCUGAGUGGUACAACAUAGACUUUUCAUUGCAGAACCAGCUACGAUUGGCUGGUGCAUCUCCAGCCACUGUAGCAGCAGCUGGUGGAGGAAAUAGCCCACGAGACCAUAUGGCCAGGAAAAUGAGGCUGAGGAGAUGCAAGGACUCUGCCCAUGAUGAUCAAGCUAAACAGGUGCUAAAGGGAAUGUCAGAUGUGGCUCAGGAGAAGAACAAAUCCAUUGAGGAGAACGGAGACUUGAAAUACUCUGAUCUGAAAACCAAGCGCUGGGAUAAGAACCUGGAGAAGCCUCAGCUGGAUUACUCUGAGUUCUUCUUGGAGGAUGUGGGCCAGAUUCCCGGCGUUUCGGUUUGGCAGAUUGAAAACUUUAUACCCAUCCAGGUAGACGAGGCCUUCCAUGGGAAGUUCUAUGAGGCAGACUGUUACAUCAUUCUCAAGACAUUCUUGGAUGAAAACGGAGCUCUAAACUGGCAAAUCUUUUAUUGGAUCGGGCAAGAUGCUACUCUUGAUAAGAAAGCCGGCGCUGCUAUCCAUGCUGUCAAUCUCCGUAACUAUUUGGGGGCAGAGUGCAGGACUAUCAGAGAAGAAAUGGGAGAUGAGAGUGAAGAAUUCACUGCGGUGUUUGAUCAUGAAAUCUCCUACAUUGAGGGUGGAACAGCCAGUGGAUUUUACACGGUAGAGGACACACAAUAUCCAACCAGGUUGUACAGGGUUUAUGGGAAAAAGAACAUCAGAUUAGAGUCCGUGCCUCUAAAAGCAUCCUCACUCGACCCACGAUUUGUCUUUUUGUUGGAUACUGGUCUUGAAAUCUAUGUUUGGAGAGGAGGCAAUGCAACACUCGGUGGUACUACAAAAGCAAGGUUAUUUGCUGAGAAAAUCAACAAAAAUGAGCGAAAAAGCAAAGCAGAGAUAACAACUUUGAUGCAAAAUCAGGAACCUCCUGAAUUCUGGGAAGUUCUCGGAGGACAGCCGGAGGAAAUCAAGAAGCAUGUGCCUGAUGACUUCACUCCUAUCAGACCCAAGCUCUAUAAGGUUGGCUUGGGCUUGGGAUACCUUGAACUUCCUCAGAUCAACUACAAACUGUCUGUGGAGCACAAGGACAAGCUCAAACUAGAUGUUGUUCCAGAGCUCAGACUGGUACAAGGUCUAUUGGACACUAAAGGUGUCUACAUAUUGGAUUGUUGGUCUGAUGUGUUCAUUUGGAUUGGCCGUAAGUCUCCACGUCUCGUCCGGGCAGCUGCAUUGAAGCUGGGUCAGGAGGUUUGCGGAAUGCUCCAUCGGCCAAAACACGCUGUGGUCAUCCGUAAUCUGGAGGGCACCGAAUGCCAGGUCUUCAAAUCCAAGUUCAAGAAUUGGGAUGAUGUGCUGAAGGUGGAUUAUACCAGGAAUGCAGAGAGUGUAAAGCAGGAGGCGGGUUUGUCUGGUAAAGUGAAGAAAGAUGUAGAGCAGAAGGACCAGAUGAAAGCUGACCUGACGGCUCUGUUCCUGCCUAGACAACCAGCCAUGCCCCUUACAGAGGCGGAGCAGAUGAUGGAGGAGUGGAACGAGGAUUUGGAUGGCAUGGAGGGAUUCGUUCUGGAGGGGAAGAAGUUUGCCCGUUUACCAGAAGAAGAAUUUGGUCACUUUCAUACUCAGGACUGCUAUGUCUUUCUCUGCAGGUACUGGGUGCCAGUGGAGUACGAGGAUGAUAAGGAGAAAGGCAAAGAGAAAGGAGAAGAGGGAGACGAUGAGGAGAAACAGCCUGAAGAAGACUUCCAGUGUGUGGUUUACUUCUGGCAAGGCCGUGAAGCCUCCAACAUGGGCUGGCUGACCUUCACCUUCAGCCUGCAGAAGAAGUUUGAGAGCUUGUUUCCAGGAAAACUAGAGGUUGUGAGGAUGACGCAACAGCAGGAGAAUCUCAAGUUCUUGUCACACUUCAAGAGGAAGUUUAUCAUCCACAAAGGCAAGAGGAAGCUGAAAGUGGACAGUGUGCAGCCAAGCUUAUAUCACAUCAGGACAAAUGGAAGCGCACUAUGCACCAGGACUAUUCAAAUAGCCACAGACUCCAGUAACCUAAACUCUGAAUUCUGCUUCAUAUUGAAGGUGCCAUUUGAAAGCACAGACAAUCAGGGAAUAGUGUACACAUGGGUGGGACGAGCAGCAGACCCAGAUGAAGCUAAACUGGCAGAGGAGAUCAUGAACACCAUGUUUGAUGACACUUACAGCAAACAGGUUAUAAAUGAAGGAGAAGAGCCAGAAAAUUUCUUCUGGGUUGGCAUUGGCUCACAGAAAACGUAUGAUGAGGAUGCCGAGUACAUGAAAUAUGCUAGACUGUUUAGGUGCUCAAAUGAGAAAGGCUACUUUGCUGUAUCAGAGAAGUGCUCAGACUUCUGUCAAGAUGACCUGGCUGAUGAUGACAUCAUGCUUCUGGACAAUGGGAAAGAGGUUUACAUGUGGGUUGGCACACAGACAAGCCAAGUGGAGAUUAAACUGAGCUUGAAGGCUUGUCAGGUCUAUAUUCAACACAUGAGGUCGAAGGAUACGGAGAACCCCAGAAAACUGCGCCUGGUGCGCAAGGGCAACGAGCCUCACUGUUUCACCCGCUGUUUCCACGCAUGGAGCGCCUUCAAGACGGCACCCGCAUAAAUCAGCAAAGUCUGUCUGAAUACAGUACGAGCAUUCAG